AUGUCGCAUCCAAUCCUCUUCAACGGCUCCCUUGGUUUAGGUCUCUUACUUUCUAGCCUUGGCCUCAACGCAUCUUUCCGCCCUAAUGCCCACUUAAAAGCCCUCGAGUUUCCCAUUCCCAAAGACCCCGAGGCCAAGAAAUUCAGCCGUGCCCUCAUGCGCAUCUGGGGCAUCCGAAAUAUUUCAGUUGGUCUCUUGAUCGCACUCAUAUGGACCACUGGCGAUGAGACCCUCAUGGCAAAAGCUUUGUCACUCACUAUUGCUUUGCCAGUCACGGAUGGAUUCGUGAGCAGGAUUCUUAUCGGGGGUGGUGAGACUCAGCAUUGGGUAUUUCCACCUCUCUUGGCUGUUAUCAGUGCUGGGCUAUUCGGGUGGUUUUGA